GCAUGUAUUUGGUAUGAGAUGUGCGAACACACCUUUAAAGGCACAGAAGACCUGAAUUUGUACACAACAUCAUCGCAAACAUUGAAUUCAAACUUAACAAAAAGUGGUACUAAAAUUGAGAGCAAAUGUGGAUUAAAUGUAAAUAUGAACGGCUCUACCGAAGAAAACAAUGAACACAUCACUGCAAUUGAUCCCAAAACAAAGCCACAAUAUUCUUAUGUGGCAUUGAUUACAAUGGCUAUCAAAGAAUCUAAUGAAAAACGUCUUCCAUUGGCAGGAAUUUAUGAGUUUAUAUAUAAAAAGUUUCCGUAUUAUAAGAAAGGAGACAAAGGCUGGCAAAACAGUAUUAGACAUAACUUAAGUCUCAACGAAUGCUUUAUGAAAAUUCCUCGUGAAAUCUCCACCACUAAUGAAAGGAAAGGCAAUUAUUGGGCACUUCAUCCCAAUUAUGAGGAUAUGUUUGUCGAUGGAAACUAUAAGAGGAGAAAAAAGAUCAAACGUAACCGUCAACUGAAUUGGUAA